UCGCCGACAUUCCCCGGCUUUCCGUUUGCUGGUCAGUCAUCUCUACGCUGUCCUGCGAUGUGGGAGACCCCCGGACCCCUGUUCAGGAUGAGAUCGAGGCCUCUCCUCGUCCUACUGAUCCUCCACACCUUCCUCCUGUCCUCCUGUGCUCUCCUCAAUUUGACAUGGCAAGGUACUGAAAGGCAGGGAGGGGUCUACAUACUCCCAGUGAAGAUUACACUGGAGCCCCGAGGCACUGUGAAGAGGGGGGAAUAUGUUGCUGUCGUCUGCGAGGGUCGGGUCAGCUACACGUCACAAGUUACUCGCAGUCACAAGGUCACCUUCUUUAAGGAUGGUCUAGUCGUGGACACCAAGGAGACGCAACAUAUCACAGUGUCGUACAAUGUAACGAGCGCCAGAGUUUCACACUCGGGGAGAUACAAGUGUCGCGUUGAAGCAGAGGGCGAGAAAAUGGACAGUUCAGAGGUACCGCUAACUGUCACAGGUCUGCAGACCCCUGAAAUUAGCGUCAGCAACAACCAAAUUCUCGAGAGCCAGGGGGUGACGGCCACCUGCCAUGCCCGUGAUGAGCUCGGUGCCUUCAAUUUCUACUUUUACGAGAACGAUAAUGAAAUCCAACAUUCUAAGAGUGCCAUCAAUGAGGUUGAAGUCCAGCUGACCUUCACGCCAGGAAGGAAGACCCUGCGGUGUCAGUAUGCCGUGCAGCUCACGGACAAUUUCGUGAAAUCGGAAAUGAGUGAGAACAUCACCAUAGAUGUGAAAGAGCUGUCUAUUAAACCAGACAUUUUAGUUUGGCCUAACAGAAACGUUGUUGAAGGAGACCAUUUGGAGGUGAACUGUACUGUCAGUGGAAGCAACUCAGGCUUAAAGAUGCUCCUAUUGAAGGACCAGUGGGGUGAAGAAGGAAAUAACACUGUCAGCAGAAAGCUGAGAGCCAAACCCCAAGAUUCUGGUCUAUAUCAUUGUGUGUUAAAGACAGGAAACGUGUUGAAAACCGCUUCAGCCAAUGUAAGUGUAACAGAGCUGUUCUCAGAGCCAGUGUUGACCACGAAUCCUCCGCUGGUGUUCGAGGGGAUGCAGUUCAAUUUCAACUGCUCCAGCAAGACCAUAAUGACAGGCAGAAUCAGCCACGGAGAUGUAACGUACACGAUAUAUAAAGACGGCCGCUCCUUCAUGGGCGACAGCAUGAUGAAGGCAGGAAAAUCCUUAGAUGGCAAUUACAGCUGCCUCGCUGUAGCCAGAGGGAUUUCCAAAAGCAGCAGAGAUUUCAUAUUCAAAGCAAAAGAGCUGGUGUCGACCCCUAAGAUAGAGGUCAUGGAUAAGGUGGUCUUGGGGAAGACGUUCCGAAUUCGCUGCCGUUCUGAGCGAGGCUCCCUUCCCAUCCGUUACACCCUAAAGCAAGGCCCGCGGUGGGUGGGCAAUGAAACAGUGAGCCAACCCUUAGGCUAUGCCUUCUUCAACGUCACCAUCAAGAACGAAGGGGAUAAUUGGGAGUUCUCCUGCCACGUCCAAAAUGACGGCCCUCGAGAAGACAGUUCGAAACACCGACCAGAAGUCAUAGUGCCCCCAACAAAAGUCACGAUUUCACUCCGAGACGCGCACAUUGAAAGUAAUGAAAUCGAGGAGGGGAACAUCGAGGAAGGCGACACGCUGAAAAUUUACUGCAGCGUCCAGAAGGGCAGCCACCCCAUCACUUUCUCGUGGUACCGGUAUCGAAAGAAUCAGCAGCUGUACACCGAGAAGGUCUAUGACAGGUCCGGCGUGUACGAAGUCAAAUGGGCCGGCAGGGAGCACGAGGGCGGUUACUACUGCGAUGCUACGAAUCAAUCAGAUAUGGGUGAAAAAAGCCGCGUCCUCAUCAUUCAGGUGAAGAUGGCCAGUUGGAAGAAGGGCCUGAUUGCCGUCAGCUGUAUCCUAGCCCUGGCUGUUAUCGUUGGUGUGGUCUGGUACAAAGUUAAGAGAGGGCAAAGGAUGGUGGUCACUGACCUGUCAGUAAAGCCUUCAAGCGCUACACCAGAUGACUCUGUCACCGUGAGGCUACAAAAUAAUGCCAACGUUUACUAUUCUCAAGUUGAUACUGAUGUAGCGGAGAGCAGCAUCGGCGGCAGGAGCAGCUCUGACACAGGCUCUGAGCUGAGUUCAGAGGAGGACUCCAGCGAUGUGGAGUAUACCGAGGUCAUGCACCCGCAGCCCGCAAACACGGCUCAAGCUUCUUGUAGGAAAGGCACGGACACCGUGUACAGUGAGCUCCAGAAUUCCUGCCAAGGUGCCGAAUGCAGCAUCGGCGGCGUAAGUGAAACAGCGUCUCUGGCCUAGAGCGGACCAGCGCGGGGGGGGGGGCAGUGGAGUACAUCCACCUGAACCACGAUGAAGCCUUGAUCAUGCAGUGAUGGUGGCGCCCCCCACCCUGCCGUGCGAGAAACGUCACUUGGCUUGGGGUGCAAUUCAUUAAACCGCAACUACAGACUGUAAUGAGUACCUGCCCUUUACGUAAACUUUCACGUCUAAUUGCUGUUCUGUAGAUCUCACCUGGAAGCAUUUAGGAGAUGGAUCAGAUGCAAUAAUACACACCAUGCUAAUGGCUAAUAGAUAUGACUACAAAAUACAAGUACUCAUUAGCAUCUUACAGCUCUGCCGCAUACUACUGCAAGUAGUACUCAUUUCCCAGGUCUGUAAGUACUCUGGAAGCUGUGGGUGUAAUAUGGUCACCAAUGGCGGGUCACCGUGUUGAGGGGCCCCUAGGCUACGCUUGCCAUGGGCCCAUCUUCUGCCCCCCACUCCCCAAUAGGAUCCAGUAAUUUACUAUAAAACUAUUACAUUUUAUAGUAAUUAUGAAAUUAUUUUCACUUAUUGAAGAAGAACGUGACGCUGUAUCAAAGGACAGCAGUCACAUCAGAAGAACAGCAAACCGACAACAAUUUCACAUCAGUCAUAUGUGGCAAUCAGAUAGAGUGUAGAGUGUAGAGUGUAGAGUGUAAGAGAGACCCCACUGGAUAGACCUAUCUCAGUAAUGGUGUCUUUAGAAUAUUACUAUCUGAUCCAGUGCAUGUCAACAGCAUACUAGACAUAUCUACCAUAGAUAGCAUAGACCAGUGUUUCCCAACCCUGUCUUCGGGGUCCACGUUUUUGCUUCCUCUCAGCUCCCAUUGCACCUGUACCAGGUAUUAGGUGUUCCUGAUUGGCUGGGAGGGAGCAAAAAAGUGGACUGUCCGGGGUUCCCCAAGGACCGGGUUGGGAAACACUGGCAUAGAGCACAGAUAACUUUACAGAGAGGGGCAGAUUCCAAAAGAAUAUAAAACAUUCUUACCAUUAGAAUGGCAGGUUUGUUGCAUUUUUCAUAACAGAAUCGUUGCAUGUAUCAUAAUUGUACUAUGCAUUCCAGAAAAUGCAACCAAAAUGAGCGCCAACAAAGAGAUACGAAAGAGAUUUCAAAUUGGUCUCCUCAUUCAGUUUUAAUUAAUCACAAACUUGCGAAACAUUUACGACCAAUAAAGGAUCACUUUUAAAAAAUGACUGUUAAAAAUUAGAUGCCGUCCCCAUCAUUUGGGGCCCCUGCUCUUCAGCCUGGAGAAGCCUGUUCCUCAAUCUGCCCCUGACUGACAUUAGCUGGGGCUCUGUCAGUGACAGCAGGCAGGUAAAGUAGCCCAGCCACAAAGUGCAGUCAGACUCAUAGACUGUGAGCUGAUGGUGAUGACUUUCUUACAGCCAAGCGAGAGGAAGAAAGAGAAUUUUGAUAAAAUUUUGUGGAAAAAAACUACUUUUCUAAAGUGUCAGUUUUGACGCUUCAGUCCUACUCAGUAGCACUUGAUGUCAGUGUGUAUACAUCUCAGAAUAAACGUCGUGCUCACGUCCUCAGAAACUGUCGUCACCAUUAACCCGCUAAAUGAUUUUAAAACAUUUUAUGCGGAGUGUAACUUGGAGGAUAGCUGUCACCUUUCCGCAGUUUCCAACUUACAGCUGCGGUAUCGCAUUUUACUCCAUGACUCAGAGAACAUCGUUCGGGCUGCAGCUUGCGCAGUGAGAAGGGAAGUGUGAGAAAAUGGAAACGCAAACAGAGACUUCCUUUCCAGUGCUGUGUGUGGAUGAUAACUGUCACUUUGGCCCUGGCAAACAGACCCAGAUGUCCUAGAGGUCCGAUUCUCAAGAUGGAAAUAUCCGUACCUGUGUGACCGGCGAAAGACUUCAGUCAGCAACUAAAAUGAAGGGUUUUCUAUGUCAUGAUACAUAUUCAUACACUUUGAAAUGUUAAAUAUCCUAUUAUUCUUGUGAAAUAUUUUAAAUGGCUUCUUUUAAGAAUAAACUAUCUGUCAAUAUGAUGGAUAUCCUGCAAGGGGCCGUGUUUUUUUUUAAGGCUAUAUAUAUAUAUAUGAAAAUUUUUGGUAUGUUGAUUUCAUUUAGCCAUUGAACUUAUUUAGCCCUGUUUUGCCAUACAAAUGGUGUUUCCCUUUCCUUAAAAUUAGUCGAUUUGGGAACUGUUUGGUAGGAGGUGAUCCGUUUAGAUUAUUCAGCUUCAAACUCAUUUGUAUACGUUUACUUCAUUUUGCAUAUUUUCCUAUAAAGCAACUUAACUGCCAAGAAUUUACUCAGCUAACCAUUGUUGCCUUCUCUGAGUAGAAAGAUAGCGGGUUGGCCCAGACCCCUCUCCUAUGGCAAUGCUGCCCCCUUCCUGUUUGAGUCAAAAAUUGAAGUGAUUUUAUUAACCACGCCUUGGUUACAGAGUGCAGACUAACAGUCCUAUUUCCCCCAUGUUUUUCCACAUGAGUUUUGUUUACACUCUGUUCCAAAUUAUUAUACAAAUGCCAUUUUCAAAUGUCUUUCCUAAACAGUCGGUUUGAAUAAAGAUUUAUUUGUAUUACAAA